CUUCAUCACCCAUAGCUUAAACUUCAUGUUAGUGUGUAAUUUUUGAGUGGUGCGUCAUUUUUGAUAAAUGUUCUAUAUUUUUUAAUAUUUGUGAUUUAAUAAAUUGUUUACCGUGGGAAGAGAUUAUUCACUUCAAUAAACAUGAUGGACGACGCGGUCGUUUCCUAUUAGACCGUUUCGAUUUUCUUUAUUGUCGAAGAAUAAUAACAAUAGCACUGAAUUAAGAAACCAUUACACACAGCUCUCUUGGUCAAGAGAGCGCAGAAUCUCUAUAGCGACCCCUGUUGCUCAUCAGCCAGAGGCCUCUACGCCGCGCGCAGAAGACGCAUCUUGAGAAAACAUGAAAAUGGUGCUGUCACAACGGCAACGCGAAGAACUUAAUAAAGCAAUCGCGGACUACCUUAGCAGUAAUGGCUUCAGCGAGGCUUUGGAAGCGUUCAAGAAAGAAGCCGGCAUGCCGGCCAACAAUGAUGUAGAACGUAAAUUUGUCGGUAUUCUGGAAAAGAAAUGGACGUCAGUUAUACGCCUCCAGAAAAAGGUGAUGGAACUUGAAGCAAAAUUAGCUGAAACUGAAAAAGAAUUUAUAGAAGGUGCACCAACGCGGGCUAAACGCAGUCCGGCGGAAUGGAUUCCUCGCUCUCCUGAAAGUUUCAGUCUUGUGGGACACAGGGCAACUAUAACAAAGGUGAUAUUUCAUCCUGUAUUUAGUGUAAUGGUUUCAUCAAGUGAAGAUGCAACUUUAAAAGUUUGGGAUUUCGAAACAGGAGAACACGAACGAACGUUAAAAGGUCACACGGAUUCAGUACAAGACAUGUCAUUUGAUCAAAAUGGAAAAAUGCUGGCAUCUUGUAGUGCUGAUAUGUCUAUAAAAUUAUGGGACUUUCAACAAACGUAUGAAUGCGUUAAAACUUUACAUGGGCACGAUCACAAUGUGUCCUCUGUAGCCUUUGUCCCUGCUGGUGAUUAUGUGAUAAGUGCUAGCCGCGAUAAGACUAUUAAAAUGUGGGAGGUAGCAACUGGAUACUGUGUAAAAACAUAUGUGGGCCAUCGAGAGUGGGUUAGGAUGGUUAGAGUGUCUGUUGAUAGUUUACUAUUUGCUUCAUGCUCUAAUGACCAGACAGUUCGUAUCUGGAUGACGAACUCUAAAGAAUGCAAGGCUGAAUUAAGAGAACAUGAUCAUGUGGUCGAAUGUAUAGCUUGGGCUCCUGAAUCUGCAUCAUCUGCAAUAAAUGAAGCAGCUGGAGCUGAUAAUAAAAAAGGUGCCCAUCAGGGACCAUUUUUGGCAUCUGGAUCACGAGACAAAACUAUUAGGAUGUGGGAUGUUAGCUCUGGUCUGAGCUUGUUCACUCUAAUGGGGCAUGACAAUUGGGUCCGCGGCAUCGCUUUUCAUCCUGGUGGUAAAUUCAUGUUGUCCGCAAGUGAUGACAAAACGCUACGAAUUUGGGACUUACGAACUAAACGUUGCGUUAAAGUCCUUGGUGCUCAUUUACAUUUUUGCACGUCUGUUGAUUUUCAUAAAUCUCGUCCAUAUGUUAUAACUGGAAGUGUUGAUCAGACGGUGAAAGUAUGGGAGUGUCGUUAAGUUUGUAGAAAAUCUGCUUUAACUAUAUAAUACCUACCCUGAACCUAAUUCUGUGAGUAAUAAGUACUUUAUUCAUGUGUUUCGUUUUGGAUCAUUUGUUUUGGAUGGGGGCAAAAUUGUUUCCAGAUUUAAUAGCUUUUGUUAAAAGUGUCCCAAAAAUUAUCUGGAUGUUUAUUUUGCUACUCAUCAACCAUUUUGAUCAUACAGCGCAAGUAUUUCUUUUGCUUCAGAGGACUGGGAAGGUUUUGUGUACAAUAUAAAUGUAAUAUUUUUAAUAUUUUAAUAAUUAUCCUGUUUAGUGCAGAAUUUUAUUAUUUAGUAAUUUAUUCAGUGAUUUUAUUGUAAACAAAAUGGUAUUCCUGUAUUAAUAUUUAUAGUCAUUUUAUUUGAAAAAAAAAAAAAUUCAUUUUUAUUUGUCAGUGUAAAAUGCUUCAUUAAAUCUAUUAGAACACAUAUUAGGGUUAAAUAUAAAAACCUAUAAGCCAAAACCAUGGUUAAUUUGUAAGUAAAUUGGAUAAAAUAGAACUUUGUUAAUGAAAGUAUAUUGGGAUGUGAUAAUUGUUUUAUUUUUCUAUAAAACAAUUUAACAUGUUAUUUUGUAAAUCUGGGCUUUAAACAACCGAUUCAUAGGUUGCUGAAAAUAUUUAAAUUAUAAAUAAAGAAGUUCAGUUUAGGAAUUGACAAUAUGGCAAAGCCGUCUUGACUUGUCAAUUUAUUUAGUACUAUAGAACAGAUAUGGAUUGUAGCUAGUUUUGAUCGACUUUUGUACCAUCUUUUAUGAUGUACCUAACAUCAUAUUUGAAAUUUAUUUUUAAAUUCAAAUCAUGUGCGAUAUGCUAAUUCUGCAUGUUGAAUUCGAGUGUUCUUCAAACAAUUAUCAGAGUCCAACAAUUUAUUAGUUUCCUAAAUUCAGAUGGUUGGUAAAAAUAUUAUUUUAUUUCAUCAAGAAAUAUUUGUUGUAUUACUACUAACACAAGUAAAAAGAAUGUAUAUAUUUAAUAUGAAAAUAAUGCAGAACUGAAUGUAGUGGUUUGAAUUAUAAAUGAAUAAACAAAAAUUGAUUUCAAAUUUUUAGUUUUCUGAUAGUUUUCAGAGAAUUUUAGUAGCGUAUCUUUGUGGACUGUGUGAAUCGGCUUUUGAAAUAUGUGAUAUGACUGUCCUACAAGAUUGAUUUUUUAUUUAUAUCAGGUGAAGAUGAAAGCAUAUUGCACAAGAAGCUGUUGAUUUUUUAAAAUUUAAUUUGAUAUGUAUAUAUGUAUAUGGGUUACUGCCAAAUUGCACUGAUAUUACAAAACUUUGG